ACAGCUGCCGAUGCGAAUGCCGUGUCUGGGCUGCCGUGCGCUGCUUCUCUUGAGAUGUCUCUUUGGUUCAGAUUCUAACUGACACAAUGGGUUCACCCGGCUGCUUCUGCAGCCUGAGCCUCUUCCUGUUGCUGCUACAAGGAUUCGGCACCCCAUUUAACAUUGAUGUGAAAAGACCUCAGAUUUUCCGUGGCCCUCAGGAAGCCCAGUUCGGAUACAAAGUCCUGCAGCACACAGCUGGAGGGCAGAAAUGGAUGCUGGUGGGAGCACCCUGGGAUGGAACAGCAGACGAUCGAAAAGGUGACAUUUACAAAUGCAUUGUGGGAACAAGAAACAAUUCAACAUGCACCAAAGUCAACAUAGGUGACAUGGCCUUGCGGAACAGCUCCAAGCAAAUAAAGAACAUGCAUUUUGGAAUGACUCUUGUGGCCAACAAAGAUGACGGGUUUGUGGCAUGUGCCCCUCUGUGGUCCCAGGAAUGCGGCACAUCCAUGUUUAGUACUGGAAUUUGCACGAGUGUGGAUGAAAACUUCCAGCCAAUGGAAAACAUUGCCCCCACAGCUCAAAGAUGUUCAACCUACAUGGAUAUCGUAAUUGUUCUAGAUGGAUCCAACAGCAUCUAUCCUUGGUAUGAGGUGCAGAACUUCCUUAGCAACAUCCUUAGCAAAUUUUUCAUCGACCCAGAGCAGAUCCAAGUUGGAGUGUUGCAGUAUAGUGAAGUUGCAAGCCAUGAAUGGACUCUUAAGGAUUACCAAACGGCAGAAGAAGUCAUUGAAGCAGCCAAAAACAUUAGCCGGCAGGAGGGACUAGAAACUCGGACAGCUUCUGCAAUCUACAAGGCUUGCACAGAGGCCUUCAGCCCAGAAAGAGGUGGGAGAGAAGGAGCCACCAAACUGAUGAUUGUGGUAACUGACGGGGAGUCCCACGAUGGCGAAGAACUCCCCGAUGCCCUGGAAGAGUGUGAGAAACGAAAUAUCACCCGCUAUGCCAUUGCAGUGCUGGGUCAUUAUAUCAGGCGGCAGAAAGAUCCUGACUCCUUCAUCAAUGAAAUUAAAUAUAUCGCCAGCGAUCCCGACGAGAAGUAUUUCUUCAACGUAACUGACGAAGCGGCCCUCAAUGAUAUUGUGGAUGCUUUGGGGGACAGGAUUUUUAGCCUGGAAGGGACCCGUGAAUAUAGCUCGUUUGAGCUGGAAAUGUCUCAGAUCGGCUUCUCCAUGCAUCUCCUGGAGGAUGGAAUCCUCUUUGGCAUGGUUGGAGCAUACGACUGGGACGGUGGAGUCCUGAAGGAGAGCAAUGGCAGGCGGAUCAUCCCUCCGAGGGAAGCUUUUCAGAGGGAAUUCCCUUUGGAACUGAAAAACCAUGCAGCUUACCUUGGCUAUACAGUCUCUUCAAUCAGACUCAGGAAUGGGAAGGGUCUCUAUGUGGCAGGUGCCCCCCGCUUUAAGCACAAGGGGAAAGUGAUCCUCUUUGAAAUGAGCAGCGGAGGCCGUGUGACUAUCUCGCAGGCCCUCACGGGAGAGCAGAUUGGCUCAUACUUUGGAAGUGAAGUGUGUCCUGUGGAUGUGAAUGGAGAUGGAAUCACAGAUGUCUUGCUGGUGGCUGCACCCAUGUUCUUGGGUGCGCAGAACAAGGAAAUGGGCCGGGUUUAUAUGUACAGAGUGGGACUGCCACUCCUGUCUUUCAAUGGGACACUCCACGCUGACCCGAAACCUCAAGAUGCUCGUUUUGGCUACUCCUUGCUGGCCGUUCCUGAUCUCAAUCACGACAGCUUUAACGAUGUGGUGGUUGGAGCACCGUUGGAGGACAAUCACCAGGGGGCUGUCUACAUAUAUCAUGGGUACCGCACCACUGUGCUGCCCCGCUUCAAACAGCGAAUUGAAUCGGCAGGGCUUCGCCGAGGCCUCACCUACUUUGGCCGCAGCUUGGAUGGGCAAAUUGAUUUGGAUGGUGACGGUCUGGUGGACCUCGCUGUGGGCGCCCAGGGUGCUGCGGUGGUCUUGAGGUCAAGGAGGAUCGUGCAGGUCAAUGCUUCCAUUUCGGCCAACCCUUCAUCUAUCAACGUGAUCCAGAAGAACUGCUACAGAAACGGCAAGGAGUCUCUUUGCGUCACUGCUGACAUCUGCUUCAGGGCAUCUUCCCGCUCUCUUGGCCGGAGGGACAGCCAGUUUAGUCUAAAAUUCAACAUCUCCCUGGAUGACAGGAAGUUUGGGAUGAGGGCCAUCUUCGAUGACACCUCCCAAAAGCUGCUUCAGAAGAGAAUUCGGGCCAUUGUGGGCAGGACAGUGUGUUCGACAGUCCAUUUUCACAUGAUCGACACUUCGGAUUACCUGAGGCCUGUUGCAGUCAUGGUCAAGUUCGCACUGAACGACGCUGAACCCGGCCCCGUACUAGACGAGAAAUCCACCACUACAGUUAGGAAACUAAUCCCCUUCUUCAAGGACUGUGGAGAGGACAACGAGUGUGUAACAGAUCUGGUGUUGCAAGCCCAGAUGGAUAUCACUGGAUCCAGGCAGAAGCCUCAUGUGAUCCGUAAAGGAAAGCGGAAGGUCUCAGUGGAUGUCCUUUUGGAAAACAAGAAGGAGAAUGCCUACAACACCAGCCUCAGGCUCUGGUUUUCCAGAAAUCUUCAUUUUUCCAGUCUAGUGCUUAAGGGCGAAAACCCAGUGAAGGUGGAAUGCACCACCCCAUCGGCCCAAACGCGUUCCUGCAGCAUAAGCUACCCGGUCUUCAGGUCUCUGGCAAAGGUGGCCUUUCUCCUUGAGUUUGAAUUCAGCUGCUCUUCCCUUCUGAACCGAGCACACGUGAAGCUCACGGCCAGCAGUGACAGCCAUGAACGAAAUGAGACCCUUACGGACAACAGUGUACAGCCUCUGGCUUAUGUCCGUUAUGAGCCCGACCUUUUCCUGACCAGUGAAUCCACGCUGAACCGGUACGAAGUGCAUCCUGUGGGGACAUUUCCAAGUGGCAUGAUCCCAGAGUUCAAGACUACCAUCAAGGUGCAAAAUCUUGGUUGCUAUACAGUGGGGAACCUUUCCCUCAUCAUGGACUUACCCAGCACCGCCUACCAGAACAGCAAGUUCCUCUCGGUGACCCGCAUCUUUGGGGACAACGUGACUUGCGUCCCGCAAAAUUUGACUGAGACAACACAGAGAGCAGGUGGUGUGAUUCCUGUUCAUCCGGAAGAACUCAUGCAUGUAGAGAAGCUGAACUGCACCAACUCUGGGUGCCAAACCCUGAAGUGUGAGCUGUCCCACAUUGAGAGGGGCUCAGAAGUCUCCAUCCACCUUCUGAGAGCCAUCCACAAUGAGUUUUUCAGGAAGGCCAAGUUUAAGAGCGUGAAGGUUGUGAGCGCGUUCACCCUGACCACCCAAGAAGAGGACAGCCUCCUCCUCCUUCUGCCCAAAGCAGCCCAUCAGAGGGAGACUAUCCUGGAGAUUAUCCAGCCCAAACUGGUCCCUCUUUCCCUCUGGAUCCUGAUCGGCAGCAUCAUCGGGGGACUUCUGCUGCUGGCCCUGAUCAUUGUCUUUUUGUGGAAGCUGGGAUUUUUUGCGCACAAAAAGCCUGGUGAAGAAGAAAAAGAGGACCAGUAGACAGCGUUUUGAGCAAAGACUCUUCAGUUCUCAAGAGAAACCAGCAAGUUCAGGAGGUAUCAGUGGAAAAGGAGCCUCCAUUUUCCUCCUCAGGUCCCCUUUAAGUUCCAGCCGCACCAAGGAAGUUCUCCCACCAUCUACUACCUUCUCUUUGCCUGGGGGACUACAGGAAAAUAAGCCAACUUCUCCCACCAGAGCUGCAAUUCACAUAGACAAACUAUCAGAAAGCUGGUCUUAAAAUCAUGGGUCCAAUUUUGCCUGCAAGGUUCAGAGGACAGAGAAAAAGGAUCAGUAAUCUGAAGACCAGAGAAGGAAUCUGCAAGGCCCUACAGCCCUUCAAGAGAACGAACCAUACUCUGGACUGCAAACAGGCAUCCUUCUUCUUAUGGACUGGAAAACGGGCAUCCUCCACUCCUCUUCCAUACUGAGGUGCUCCACAAACAGCUUCUUUUCCUCCUAAAACAUCUCCAGUCCUGGGAGAAGGAGGCUGCUUUAAGCAUAUCCCCAGGCCAGGCCCAUCCCCAAUGGAAAACUCAUGGCCGUUAGCCCGGAACUAAGGCAACAGCAACGGGAGGCCUGAACUUCUGCAACAAAACUGAACGCUGCCAUUUGGGUGGCAGCAGGACCUGAGAUGCAGAGGACGAGGAGAUGCUGUAGCCCUACGUCUGUAUGUGUUUAAUCCCUGCCUUGACCACCAACCAAAAAAGCAGUUGGAAAACCCGGAACAAAUCUCAUUAAGAUGGGGAAGAGCGAACUUGAUUUGUCUCCUGUGGCCAAACGGCAAGAUGUGCACCAACGCUUUCCAAGAAACGGGGGGUAGCGGUGGGGGUGAUAGCAAGGUAACAGAUCCCUCUCUGACGGUUACCAGCAUUGCAGGUGGCCAGCGGUCAGCAUUGCAAGUUGUUUCCGACUGUCUGACCGGCCUCAAAUGAUGGUUCAAAGUUGCUCGCCACUAUCCAUGGCAGGGAGGGAUGCGAGGCAACUCACUGAACGGGGAGUGUGACAAAAACACAGUGAAGUUUCUGCUAUUAAAAAACUGAAAAGUA